CUGCCAAGAGAUGGCGAUCCCGCUCGCGCUCGUAUCCGCCGCGACGUCGGCCAGAGCCGCCGCUGCGCCGCCAGACGCGGAGCCCAUGGAGGCGAAUGCGUUCUGCCAGUGCUGCCAGGUGGCGUGCCACCGCUUCCGGCCGGCCAAGCCCUGCAGCUUCUGCCACGCACUCGUGUGUCAAUUCUGCUCGUGCGGCAACGAGCCCCACGUGCUGUGCAAGAGCUGCCAGCCACAGGUGCGUGGCGCCCAACCGGCGUUCUCCUUCCGGCAGCUGCUGUGGCGCUUCAAGAUGCUGCCGUUCGGCUGCCACGGAGAGAAGUGGCUCUUCCUGGUGCGCAAGCGCCAGUCGCUCGUGGUGCCCACGGACCUCUCGGGCGACGAGUACCAGUGGCUCGUGCACCAGCUGCCGAGGCAGCGCAGACUGCAGGGAGCACACUUGGAGCAGAAGCGGACUCUGGACAGAGACAUUGAUCGAACCUUUCAGCAGUUGCAGGCGAGGAUGGCGAACAACAAGCGCCCCAAUUUCUUGGUCAAGUCGCAGCACUCAUCGUCCGAGUUUAUGGCCUGGAAGUCCAGCACACACCAGCUACUUAGUGUGUUCAUGAUGCUGAAGCCGCAGAUCGGAUACUGCCAGGGUAUGACGUCAGUAGCAGCAGUGCUGGUGCAGGAGUCGAAGAUGAACAGCGAGAUCGCGUUUCGCCUGUUUCUAGCGCUCACAGAGAAAUACAGGCUGGACGAUGUCUAUAGGCCCGACAUGAAAGAUGUCAAUCUUCGCUAUUUCCAGCUCGACGAGGCUCUGCGGUUGCAUCUUCCAAGGCUUCAUGCCCACCUGUCAGACCGGGAUAUCCACCCGUCAACCUACGCAUCUUGCUGGAUCCUUACGUUAUUCACCGAAUGUCGGCUGUUUCCCCACCGCUACGUCAUCGCGUUCCUCGAUCUGUUUUUCGAGUUUGGCUGGAAGGUGUUUUUCCAGACGUGUUUAGCCAUCUUGAGCACCAUCGAGGCUGCACUGUUACGCCGGUCAACGUCGGGGGACAUCUUUGCCUACCUCGCGAAAGUCACCUGGUUUCAUCGGCACAAGAGCGAUAAUGACCUCGGACGAUUCUUCGCGACGGCAAGGACAUUUAAUAUUUCAAGCUCUUUCUUGGACGUGUUGCAAGGCGAAUACUCCACGGAGGCAAGCAUGAGCAUGAAUGACUACGACUACAGUAGUUGAAGACUAGUUACUGUUAACCAAACUGCAGCGCUUGAUAU